GUCAAAAGCUGAGCGACCCACAGAGGUGCACGCCUGCUCCUUUGGGGGCGCGCGACCUGGGGGCUGCCAUGGCCCCCAGCCACCUGUCGGUGCGGGAGAUGAGGGAAGAUGAGAAACCCUUAGUGCUGGAGAUGCUGAAGCCCUAUGACCUGGCCUCCUACUCCUCCGAGCCUGGCCCUUGAGGACCUCGAGGCCCCUUCCAGCUUCCUCUCUUGGUGGGGCUGCUCCUCUGUCCAGCCUCCCCUGGUGCCUCAGGCCUGCAACUCCACUGAACCCGGAGCGCCCACCGUUCCUAAUUCACCCGCUCCCUCAUUCAGAGCCCCGUGUGCCAGCCAGCAGGCUGGCGUGAAGGACACGGAGAACCGCGUGGCCCUUCAUGCGCUGACCCGGCCGCCGGCCCUGCUCCUCCUGGCUGCGGCCAGCAGUGGCCUUCGCUUCGUCCUGGCCUCCUUCGCCCUGGCCCUCCUCCUGCCGGUGUUCCUGGCUGUGGCGGCCAUGAAGCUGGGCCUGCGGGCCCGCUGGGGCUCGCUGCCCCCGCCGGGCGGCCUCGGGGGGCCCUGGGUGGCAGUGCGGGGCUCGGGAGACGUGUGCGGGGUCCUGGCCCUGGCCCCAGGCUCCGGUGCCGGGGACGGGGCCCGGGUCACCCGCCUCUCGGUGUCCCGCUGGCACCGCCGCCGAGGCGUCGGCAGGCGCCUGCUGGCCUUUGCCGAGGCCCGGGCGCGAGCCUGGGCCGGCGGCAUGGGGGAGCCCCGGGCGCGCCUCGUGGUCCCGGUGGCCGUGGCGGCGUGGGGUGUGGCCGGGCUGCUGGAGGGCUGUGGCUACCAGGCCGAGGGGAGCUGGGGCUGCAUGGGCUACACGCUGGUGCGGGAGUUCAGCAAGGAACUGUGACUCCCGCCCCGGGAGGGAGGACAAGCAGCACUCAGUGAGCACCUACUGUGUGCAGGCACUUCCACGCCAUCCCUCCCUGAGCCCCCACCCACCCAGGGCCCAGCAGCUGAAGCCUGCAGAGGGCAAGAGACCCUGCCACAGCCUGACGCCCAUCCCUAGUGUUUGAACUUCUUAGAGACGUCAACCCGUCCAACCCCUGCCUCAGAUUCUGUCUGCACUGAGAAAUCUCUUUAUCUUGUCUGUCUGCCAAGCCUGUGUCGCUUGUGCUAUGACAUGUGGCAGGAGAGGAAGCCGAGCAAGUAUGCCCCACACCCGGGUUAGGACUCGGGCAGGGACAAGGGCCCCCCCACCCCACCCCAGGGGAGUGGGGUGGGGGGGCGAUGCCCUUGCUUGGAGGGGGUGAGGCUGCAGAGGCAGAGAGGGGCUGAGUGAAGCCUCUGCAGGGGAGGGUUGUCUGCCUGGAUAGAGCCUCAGGGAGGGGGUGGUGGGCACAGGGCGGCCCGGCCAGCCCCCCUCCCCAGGAAGGUGGGAGCCCAGAGGGGAGGCCAGACCCAUCUGGUUUUUUACACCCGUUUGUUAAUAAAGCCUGUAACCGCUG